GGGGCAGCAGUUUCCCAAGGAGACCUCAGGCCUCGGUGCUAGAGGCCCGGUGCUGGGACUUCAGGCCCUUCCCGGCUGUGUGGUCUUGGGCACAUUCCUUAGCGCCUCUGGGCCUCCAUUCCCCGCCUGCAAAAGGGAAACAUGGUAAAGUCCGUUCUGAAGGGUGUUGUGGAUGAGGUUGCCCAGGAAGGGCCUGCAAGGCCUGGUGCACCUCAGGACCUGCCCCUGCCCCCAGCAGCCCUUGGGGCUCUGUAUGGGGGGGGUGCACCCUGAGGGCCCAGUGCUGCAGGACUUCUCAAAGGCAAAGAGGACGCCCCCAAGUUCCUCCCUUCUAAACGCCGGUGGCUUUCAUCUCAACAACUUACUUAAUGAACCAAAACAGCGGAGACUUGCAGCGCAUCUGAUUGCUGCCGUAGGCUUGUGGGCUGUGAGCACGAGGGAGCUGCCAGCCUGCUUGACAGAGCUGUCUGUCCAUCUUUCCAUCUGUCCCUGGACGCGCCCACCUCUCCACCCUGCAGAAGCUUGAUCCCAGAGCCUCUGUGCACGGUGAGGAAGGGACUGGAACAUGCUCUAAAGACCCGCACCAGACUAGGAAGCUGCGCACUGAGCCCUGACACUGAAGCCGUCCCGCCCCCUGCCCGCCAUGGCUUCUGCAGACAGGAACGGCGAGAGCGUCUCCUCUGUGCCCGGCAGCCGCCUACAGAGCCGGAAGCCGCCCAACCUGUCCAUCACCAUCCCGCCGCCCGAGGCCCCGGCCCCUGACGAGCAGACCAGCAUGCUGGCCCCGCGGCCCAGGAACCCAGCCUACCUGAAGAGUGUCAGCCUCCAGGAGCCGCGGGGACGAUGGCAGGAGGGCUCGGAGAAGCGGCCUGGCUUCCGCCGCCAGGCCUCCCUGUCUCAGAGCAUUCGAAAGGGCACCGCACAGUGGUUCGGGGUCAGCGGCGACUGGGCGCUGGAGCGGCAGCACUGGCAGCGCAGGAGCCUGCACCACUGCAGCCUGCGCUACGGCCGCCUCAAGCCCUCGUGCCAGCGCGAGCUGGAGCUCCCCAGCCAGGACACGCCUUCCUUCCAGGGCACCGAGUCUCCAAAGUCCUGCAAGAUGCCCAAGAUCGUGGACCCGCUGGCCCGAGGCCGGGCGUUCCGCCACCCCGACGAGGUGGACCGGCCCCACGCCCCGCACCCACCGCUGACACCAGGGGUCUUGUCCCUCACCUCCUUCACCAGCGUCCGCUCUGGCUACUCCCACUUGCCCCGCAGGAAGAGGGUCUCUGUGGCCCAUAUGAGCCUCCAAGCGGCCUCCGCCCUCCUCAAGGGGCGCUCGAUGCUGGACGCCGCCGGGCAGCGGUGCCGGGUGGUCAAACGCAGCUUCGCCUACCCCAGCUUCCUGGAGGAGGAUGUGGUCGAUGGGGCGGACACAUUUGACUCCUCGUUUUUUAGUAAGGAAGAAAUGAGCUCCAUGCCUGACGAUGUGUUUGAGUCUCCCCCACUCUCUGCCAGAUACUUCCGGGGGGUCCCCCGCUCCGCCUCACCUGUCUCCCCCGGCGGGGUGCAGGUCUCUCUGAAGGAGCACGGUCACGCCCCCGUGCCCGCGGCCAAGCGCGGCAAGCGCAUCGCCUCCAAGGUGAGGCACUUUGCCUUCGACCGACAGAAGCGGCAUUACGGUCUGGGCGUGGUGGGCAACUGGCUGAACCGCAGCUACCGCCGCAGCAUCAGCAGCACGGUGCAGCGGCAGCUGGAGAGCUUCGACAGCCACCGGCCCUACUUCACCUAUUGGCUGACAUUCGUCCACAUCAUCAUCACGCUGCUGGUGAUCUGCACGUACGGCAUCGCGCCCGUGGGCUUCGCCCAGCACAUCACCACCCAGCUGGUGCUCAGGAACAAAGGUGUGUACGAGAGUGUGAAGUACCUCCAGCAGGAGAACUUCUGGAUCGGCCCCAGCUCGAUCGACUUGAUCCACCUGGGAGCCAAGUUCUCCCCCUGCAUCCGGAAGGAUGAGCAGAUCGAGCAGCUGGUGUCGCGGGAGCGAGACCUGGAGCGGGACUCGGGCUGCUGUGUCCAGAAUGACAACUCGGGCUGCAUCCAGACCCAGCGGAAGGACUGCUCGGAAACUUUGGCUACUUUUGUCAAGUGGCAGGAUGACACAGGGCCCCCCAUGGACAAGUCUGACCUGGGCCUGAAGCGGACGUCAGGGGCCGUGUGCCAGCAGGACCCCAGAACCUGCGAGGAGCCGGCCUCCAGCGGUCCCCACAUCUGGCCUGAUGACAUUACCAAGUGGCCACUGCGAGAUCACCACUCGGGAGUACUGCGAAUUCAUGCACGGCUAUUUCCACGAAGAGGCGACACUCUGCUCCCAGGUGCACUGCCUGGACGAGGUGUGCGGGCUGCUGCCCUUUCUCAACCCCGAGGUCCCAGAUCAGUUCUACAGGCUCUGGCUGUCUCUGUUCCUCCACGCUGGCCUGGUGCACUGUGCCGUGUCCGUGGUCUUCCAAAUGACCAUCCUGCGGGACCUGGAGAAGCUGGCCGGCUGGCAUCGCAUCUCUAUCAUCUUCAUCCUCAGCGGCAUCACCGGCAACCUUGCCAGUGCCAUCUUCCUCCCCUACCGGGCAGAGGUGGGCCCGGCGGGCUCCCAGUUCGGCCUCCUUGCCUGCCUCUUCGUGGAGCUCUUCCAGAGCUGGCAGCUGCUGGAGCGGCCCUGGAAGGCCUUCCUGCACCUGGCGGCCAUCGUGCUCUUCCUGUUCGUGUGUGGCCUGCUGCCCUGGAUCGACAACGUCGCCCACACCUUCGGCUUCCUCAGCGGCCUGCUGCUGGCCUUCGCCUUCCUGCCCUACAUCACCUUCGGCACCAGCGACAAGUACCGGAAGCGCGCCCUCAUCCUGGUGUCGCUGCUGGUCUUCGCCGGCCUCUUCGCCUCACUGGUCAUCUGGCUCUACGUCUACCCCAUCCACUGGCCCUGGAUCGAGUACCUCACCUGCUUCCCCUUCACCAGCCGCUUCUGCGAGAAAUACGAGCUGGACCAGGUGCUGCACUGACCACCGGCCCGGUGGGCCCAGCAAGGCCCCGCCCAGGACGCAGACUGCCUGGGACGGGCUGCCCCGUGCACACUCCAGCUGCCCAUCUGUGGACACGGGGCCGGGCCCUGUCCCUGGCCCCGGCCCAGAGACAGUCACCAGGGUGGGUUCCUUGGGGGACUGAGGUCCCUCCUCCUGAGCCCCUGGCUCAGGCCGGGGAGCACUCCGAGCACCCACCUCCAAAGCUCAGGGCUCAGCCGGACUUACCCUGCUGUCAGGACCACCUCCUGGGGGUGGGUUUCUUUCUUCCCAGGGUCCUCAGGAUGCUUUCCCCUCCACCCCAGCCUCUGCCUCCUCCCACUGCUCCCGUGUAUGUGGGCCCUUAUCGGGGACGUGGCGGGGCACCCCACCAGGUACCCCUCCCCCCAUUUCUCCUCCCCUCUCUACCCUACAAGCCUGUCAUCAGUGGCCUGCUAGGUCUGCCCGUAAGGUGACCAGACGCUGUGGGAGACACGUUGGCUGUGGUCUUUGGCAGAGGAGCACAGGGAGGGGCGCUGCUCGCUCGUUUGUGGCCGGCUUUGUAGACCGCGCAGGCUGUGCCCCGACCCCCACCCCGCCCAGUCAGUGUUCUUCACAGGGUGGCUCAGGUGACAGCGGGCCCCACACCUUUUGCCUCACUGACCCCAGGUUGGGGUGGCUGCUGAGCCACCCCCAGGAUCCACUCCCAGGGAUGGCCAAAGGCUCGUUCGGGCCCGUUUUAUACUGAUUUAUAUUAUGGUCCUAAUUUUUAAAAGGAACGCUAACUUUGCAUAGAUGACGUCUCAAAUGAAUUAAAAGAUAUUCUCUAGGGAA